GAAUUCAGCUGGAGCGCCAGCAAAAGCGGUGGUGCGCCUCUGUCUACUUCCGCGGGAACCAAUUCAAGAAAAGAUUUUCUUCAGGCCGAUGGGGGGCCCUUGGGGCCUUUUACGCAGCCAUAGAGUGGCGCCAAGUCCAGUGCCGCAAGUUUCAAAAGCUCAAGUCCCUGGGGCCCCCCGGGGGGCCCCCGGGGGGCCCCCCUGGGGGGCCCCCUGGGGGGGCCCCCGGCGCCCUCGACGGCGCCCAGGAGGGCCUCGAGGGGCCCCAGGCCUCCCAUUUUGCUGGCCAGAUUGAGCCCGUAGACCCUGUGUGCGACGAAGCAGCUGGUCCAUUUGGGCAGCAGCAGCAGCAGCAGCAGCAGCAGCAGCAACUGGUUUCUCCUGAGGAGCCCUUUUUGCGGUCGGCGCUGCCGGCAGCUGCAGCAGUUGGCGCUGCUAGGCCGCCGCCGCAGCAGCAGCAGCAGCAGCCCCUGCAGCGCCUGGACUGCAUGUCGCUGGGCGCUCAGGUGCAGCAGCAGGAGCAGCUGAAGCACCAGCAGCAGCAGCAGCAGCAGCAGCAGCAGCAGCAGGGGGAGGGGGAGGCGCGCAGCCCGUCGCCGAGCGUGCCUGCGGGUUCUUGCCGUCCACGGCGGCGGAACUGCCGGCGGCGCAUGUGGGAGCAGCAGCAGCAGCAGGGGGGCGUUGCUGCUGCUGCUGCUGCUGCGCAGCAGGGGCUGGAGCUGGCAGCAGCGCGCGGGCCUGCUGCGCUGCAGGCUGCAGCAGCAGCAGCAGCAGCAGCGCCCGCAGGCGCAGAGCCGCCGCUGCUGUCGCCGCCGCGCAGCAGCGCAGCAGGAGCGCGGCGGCGUCCGAGUCAGCUGCGGGCCUCGUACCGGGGGGCCCCCUCGCCGGGGUCACCUGGGGGCCCCCCGGGGGGGGCCCCCCUGGGGGCCCCCGGGGGCCCCCAGGCGACCCCGGGGGCCCCCGGGGGCCCCCUGAACCCCGAAGAAGGCGAAACCGACCUCUCCGUACCCCCUCCUGGAGACGAAGCUGUCAAGUGGCAUGAGGGCUUUCGAUUGCCGUUUGGAACUGAAGGAAGAAACCAGCUGCUGCGGCGGCUGCGGCAGCUGUACCACUCAGAUGUGAGCCACUGGGGGCAGCAGCUGGAGCAGCACAAGAUAGCGUUUUCAAGAGUGCCUUUUGCGACUGUCUCCGAACUCUGGAAGAUUGCCCACGUGAUGGGUUGCUUCGGGUUCGCGCUGCACCUCAGCAGGAAGUACGCGGGCGGCGCAGCAGCGCGCGCCGUGGCGCAGCAGCAGCAGCAGCAGCAGCAGCUCGCAGCAGCAGCAGCAGCUGCGGUCGCCGCCGCUGCGGACCCCCAGCGCUAG